UACUUUUUGUGCGUGAUCCUCGAUUCCGGAAUGGUAUCCGCCCAAUCUCGGACUAGCAUGAAGUAGUAGAUUCGAUCUCGGAGCUCUUGAGGAAGAUCCAGCAAACGAAAAUAUUUUUCCAUGGUUGCUGGUGUUAAGGAUGGUGUAACACACUUUCCUAAAUUUGAAAACGACGUCAAUCAAUGAUUUUGCAAAAUUGGUAAAGUUGCAGUGCCACUCCAGACGGCGUCACCCGACGUUGCUGUAGGCACAUACCUUCAGUCCGCAGCUAAAUCUUUCGACAAGGUGUUGGUAUAUUGCAGUUUAAUACUAGUGAGGCACAGCUGCAGUACGUUGUUGGUAGAUGUAGAAUGAGAAAAUUAGGUCUGGGAGAUGGUGGAACGAGCGGUUAAGUACAGUAGCUGGCUCGGUGGCGAGCAACACAACAGAAGCCUUACUAAGCAGCAGCGACUACUUCACCUCCCCCUCACUCACUACAACUCCACAAGCUUCCACCCUUACCAUCGCUUUCGUGCUGCUGUCAACCCAUUCAGCUCGAUGAAGGCCCUCGGCGCCAUGGAAGAGAAUCCGUCCUCAGAUGCGGCAGCUACCGCCAGCUUCCGACUGCUUGACCUGCCCAGAGAGAUCCGAAACCUGAUAUACGAGAAGAUGGUAGUCCGGGACAAGGUUGACGUCCAGGCUAUCCGAGUACGUGAAGAUGGCAGACUUGACCAAUAUUUCGGGCUGUCUCUGACCUACCCGGUAAGGCUGGCCGCGAAGACACACCACUCGAGAAGCGUAUGGUCAUGGGUGUGGGGCGACUACGAUGAAACCCUAGUCAUGAGCUAUCAUCUGGGUGCUAUGCCUGAACGCUUUAUUUUUCCUCACUGCACCUAUCAACUGAAGACCACCGACGACGCUUCGAAACCUGGCAGGGGAAGACCGCAUCUCCAAAUUUUCUUGACGAACAAGCAGAUCUACGAAGAAGCACAGCUGAUAUUCUACUCUAAGAACACAUUCGCUUUCAGCGAAGUUCCUGCAUGCGCGGCCUUUCUUCACGACAGAUCUCCAGAAACACUCCGUACGAUCCGCAGCAUUGAAUUUCACGUCGAUGAAAAGAUAGAUCCUCCAACGGAUGACGUUCAGGAUGUGAAAAAGCAGCCAUAUAUCUAUUCCGGAGGUCGGGAUAUGGCUCUUGGCGAGCUGAUCAGCCAGCGGAUGGCAUUCCGUCACCUGACGCUCUUCAUCCGAACGUUCUUGGUUGGCGAGUUUGACGACGACUAUGAGAGGUGGGAUUGGGCCAACCGUGAGAAAGUCGAAAUGAGCACCGAAUGGUAUUCCUGGAUCCCAGCUUGGGUGCCAACCUUUCCAAGAAUCAACAAAAAUCUUGACUCUCUUGAGGUUGUUUGGGAAGCAGAUGCCGCACGUGUUGUAGGACGGUCAGUCAAAGCUGUUCGAGCUAUGAGGUCUGCCAUGGUCAAGAAUAGUGGAAAAUUUACAUAUCCCAAGAAUGAAGGCAUUCGAGUUCUCAUGAGGCGUCGGCAUCAGGGAUUUGGCCAUUCCCACCGCGACAGUGACCGCUUCAUGACGGUUCACAUGCAAGCCGAUCAACAUGGCAGAAGCACCAUUCGGCAACGCCAAAACGCUCUCUGGGACCCUGAAGGAGAGUGCUGUCAUUGCAACCGCGAUGAGGAGCUUGAUCCUUGCGCUUGCCAAAAGAAACCAGCAGCUGGACAGCAAGCUGGUAUAGCCAACCAGACUCACGGAAGUCGGUCGAAUGUGACUUCAGCCGUUCAGGACACUGCAGGAGACGGUGAAGGCAAUGGCGAAGACGAGAACAAUAAACGAAGGCGACGGCCAAGAAAGCGCCAGCAACAACGGAGACCCUGAUAGCUUGAGUGUCCAUGGUUGGAGUGAUGACGAAGCGGAGGA